UUAAGCAUGUUAGGUGCGGCAGCGGCUGUUUUAUCUUUAUCAUCGUCCAGAAUCUUAUCCAGCUGUAUUCUCUACAAGCCUUCUUAUUCCUUCAUCCUUUCACGCACUCUCGCUCCCUGUGCUCCUCGCUUCUCUAUCCGAUCAAUGGCCGACUCUGCUUUCAGGAAAGUUCAGAUUCAGAGGGAUGACACUUGCACUGAUCAGGCAUUUGAUGCAUACGUGGUUGGCAAAGAAGAUGCACCUGGAAUUGUUGUUCUUCAGGAGUGGUGGGGUGUGGAUUUUGAGAUAAAAAAUCAUGCCGUGAAGAUUUCUCAACUUGGUUCAGGUUUCAAAGCACUUAUUCCAGAUUUGUAUCGAGGAAAGGUUGGUCUGGAUGUUGCUGAAGCUCAACACCUAAUGGAUGGUCUUGAUUGGCAAGGUGCUGUAAAGGAUAUACGUGCUUCAGUUAACUGGCUUAAAGCUAAUGGCUCAAAGAAGGCUGGAGUAACUGGGUUUUGCAUGGGGGGUGCCCUCUCUAUUGCAAGUUCUGUUUUAGUUCCUGAAGUCGAUGCUGUUGUUGCCUUCUAUGGUGUUCCUUCAUCUGAACUUGCAGACCCUGCUCAGGCCAAGGCCCCUGUUCAAGCUCAUUUCGGAGAACUUGAUAACUUUGUUGGGUUUGCAGAUGUGACGGCAGCAAAAGCGUUGGAGGAAAAGCUGAAAGCAUCAGGAACUCCGUAUGAGGUGCAUAUUUAUCCGGGCAAUGCACAUGCUUUCAUGAACAGGUCCCCCGAUGGUAUAAAGCGAAGAAAAGACAUGGGAAUGGCUGAUGAGGAUGAAGCUGCGGUCCAGCUUGCAUGGUCUCGUUUCGAGUCAUGGAUGGCUCGUUUCUUGUCAUCGUAAGCGUUGUAAUCUGUUCGGGUACAUCAUCAUUGUGUGUGCUUCUUGUUUAUAAAAUAAAUAUAAAACUGUCUCGCUGGUAUCAUUAGCUUGCAUGGUCUCGUUUUGAGUCAUGGAUUGGCUCGUUUAUUUUCAAUCUUAGGUGUUGUAAUCUCUGUUCUGCUACUGAAUAUUCUGCCCUGUGUUCUAAGAGGCUUGCUCCUUUAAUAAAAAAGAUAAUGUAUGAGAACGUUAGAUUCUCAUUUUAUCAUA